AUGGAGGCGCAGAAUCGUCUUAUUGAGGCCGUGCUCGCAAGGCAUAAUUGGAACAUCACUUAUUCGAUGCCUUCCGUGGAAGGCCUACAGACCGUGACUACGAUUGCUGAAUUUGACAUGACGCUGCUGCUCUCCGCCAUCUCCAUCGCCGACAUUUUGUUCUUCAUUCACUGCGUCCCCGAUUUCUUGACCACACUGCAGACGAUGUACACUCAUCCGUAUUUCAGAAGAUUUUAUUACGCUUCCCACUUUUGGUGUCACACGGGAGCGAACGUCUUUGCGGCCACGUCAUCAUGGCUGAUGGUCGGGGUCGCUGUUGAGAGAUACGCGGCAAUCCGCACGCCAUUCCACACGAGAUUACAGUCGAAUCACGUGCGCGCCCUAGCGGUCUUUAGCUUAGUUGGAGCCAGCCUCCUAUCGGCCUAUCGCCUAUUCGAAGGCUACUACGACUAUACCGAAGUUUCACGCUCGAAAGCUGGGCUCUCCCCAUACUGCUUCCUGGUGUUCGAGUACGCGCGGCGCAAGCGUGUCCCCGCUGUGCAACCAUUUGGGCAAGGUUUACUGGCCCAGAUCACGAACCAUGAUGUCAUCGGAUGGGCCAAGUGGCUAUCGGUUGCAUGUUUCGUGGUCCCGUACGUCUUGAUUCUGCUGCUCAACAUCGGCAUCGUGUACGAGCUUCGUAGGAGGCCCGACUCCUCCGGGAACCAGCGGCUUCAAGAUCGAGCGGUUACGGGGACGAUUUUUACAAUCUUCGCCUGGAAUCUUGUAACGGACUUCUGGCUGGUUUUGCCGUUCUUGUGGGAGUUGCUAAUACGCACUGAUCGCAAUUGGUCGACCACUUGGAUGGUGCCCUCCUGGGAAUUGCGCCUCUUCUUGACCAACAUCUUCUUCUCGCUGGAUCUCAACGGGAAGGUGUUAAACGUGGUCUGUAUUGCCUGGUAUCAAAGUCGUUCCGGCAGAAGUUCCUGCGAAUGCUGCAAAAAUAUUGGGAUUGCU